AUGUCUGGCCCAAUGGCCAUAUCAAAGUUCAGUUUGAAUGGCAAGAGCCGCGAAAUCUUGAGUAUCACCCCAACCUCAAGCCCAUGGUCCCCCUCUACCAGUAUCGAUUUAGAAAAUCAGCAUAUUAGUUUGCGACAAUUCGGAGAGGGGAUCAUAGAAGCCGUGAAAGCCGUUUUCCCAACCGAAAAUAAUGCACCGCGAUACCUCAAAGCGACAGUUUUGAUAUUCGUAUGGGCAGAUGGCCAUCCGGACUUGCCUGCCUUGGAUAAUUUGGACAGGUUAUCGCGUGUUUUCCAUGAUGUGUAUAACUUCGAGGUUGAGACGUUCAAAAUACCCAAGCAGAAUCCACAUUCUGAAGUCAAUCAAAAGAUCCGGAGUUUUGCGAGACAAGGAGAAAAUAAUAGAGGAUAUUUGAAGAUUGUUUUUUAUGCUGGUGGCAGUGGAGUGACGUCGAAUGGUGCAUUAUUGUGGACAAGGUUGGUAAUGUCUUUCCCGGUAUUUCGGAUGAAAUCAUCUUUUGUCGCUUAAAUUUUCUGGAGCUUAGGAUAUCGUUGCUAAUCAACUUUAGUGUGCUAAAUUCGGAAGAAAGAGAAACUCCAGGUGAAACUCCAAGGUUGAUGUGGAGUGAGAUUCAACCUUUCUUGGAACGAUCUCAAAACGACGUGUUAAUACUACUGGACUGCGAUACAUCUGGAGGCAUUGUUGGGGAAGGAAAUGGAGUAACUGAACUAAUGUCCGCAGGCGCAUUUGACUCGGCGCCUAAUACCGGACGAUCAUGUUCUUUCACGCAUGCGUUGGCGACUGGGCUAGAAGCUAUGGGCCGAUCAAGACGAAACGCUUCGUUUUCGGUUGGAGAACUUUAUAGUCAUAUCUACAAAUCAGUCCGGAAUAAUAUGACAGGUGACAUAAAUGAUCGGCAUGCAUAUCCAACGCAUCAUGUUUUGACACAAGAAAUUCCUAGGCGAAGCAUACAUAUUUCGCUUCCUCCCCCGAAGUCUUUGCAACCAACCCACGGUACCUCGGGACAUACCAAUCGAUUUAGCUAUAUGAGUUCACGAGAGAGUAUGCUCAACUCACGUAUAUCUACCGCCCCUCGAAAAUUUGUUGGAGCUGAGGGAUCUCCAUAUCGAGUGCCUACAACCUAUGACGGCGAGGUGUCCAGACUUGCAUUUGCAAUUCGAUUGGAAAAUAACUCGCAGAAUAAUCGAAUAUCUCAGGCUCUGUUUGACGAUUGGUUCAAACACGUUCCCCUCUCCGAGAAGCUCAAAGUGGAAGCUGCAUUCAACAGUGUCUCUUCGCUGUUGAUAAUCUCAGUACCAAUAUCGAUUUCAGCAUAUGUUCCCACGAGUCCGGGAAUCAUACCGCUAGGCCCCAUAAGAUCUUCGAAUCUUUUGAUCACUCCCCUUACUCUCGAAUCAUCGACCAAACAUCAACAAGAUAACCCGCUACCAACUAUUAUCACCUCGCGAGAUGAACCAACGUACAACAAUUCUCUAUUCCAGCCUCCUCCGACACCACAGGAUGAUUACGAAUCGAUGUAUUCGUCUUCUUUCAGUUCACUUUCUUCGGACAUGUUUAACCCUUACUCAGGUUUCAAAUCGGAUGAGUUUUUAGACCUGGACGAUGAUCAAACUCAGACUUCGACUAUGACAUCACACCGCAAAUAUCAGUACAGCCCUACACUGCCGGAAAUCGAACGUUUCGAUACAAGCACAGAAGAAAGCACAGUCGGCCUCGGUCUCGAAUUCUCCGCGCCAGAUAAAUCCGAACUAUCAGUCAAAGCCUCACAAAAACAACGAAGAACAAAAUCUAAAAACUCGCUAAAACCAAAGCUCGGACUCAUAAACACUUCCGAGAAGCGACGACGAGAGAACCCAGACGACCUUUACGACCCCCAAGAACUAACAUCAUGGCUUACAUCUCACCUCACCAAGCCACCACCCGAGGAUACAGAUACAGAUGCUCUCCCAGACCUUGAAACUAUCGCGCAAGCCUUCACACCACUUCCUAGCAUCCAAAAAUUCACGGUCGAUGAAAGUCGCCUGCAAACUCCGACGUUGUCGUCUUUCCCUCUUGCCCUACCCAGUCCGAGAAGAGCCGUUGAGACCGACGUGUUCAGUCCAGAACGUGCACAGUUCCCCUUGAACUCUUCGCACCCCCUACCUAUACCACCAAGUCCAUCCGAGAUCUUCAAAUCCCUCAUCAAAACACCGCAAGGUCGUCGUGUGAGCGUCCAGGCUUUUUACGAUCCGAGUAUGAUCCAUUAUUGGACGUCGCCUGAAUUCAUUGACGAGUUCGGCUUCCAAACCAGAAAAAUCGCUUCGUCGGAGAACGGCACAAGUGAGCAUGAGGGCCUGGAUGACGGACCAGGGUAUGAUCUCAGAACGGGCGUUUUGAUGCCCGAGUAUACUGUUGAGAUCCAGUGUAAGAUCCUGGUUAAUGGGCGUGAGGCGUGGGGAAACGUCGUUUUUAAUGUUUGUCACCUUGUGGAGGGUUCUUGUUUGGUUUUUGGCAGGGGCUUUGAGAGUGCCGGCGUGGAGGUUUUUAUGAUGAGUGGGUGGUAGGGUAGGGGAAGAAAAUCUUUGCGAGGCGGGAACUGCGAGAUGAGAUGAUGGGUAGUAUUCUUUUAUUGUGUUGUGGGCUUUUUUGGGAUUUGGAGUCGGGGAAUUUAUGAGGGGAUUCUGGCUGGGAUGUCCAGAUUAUGGGUUAUUGAGUUAUGAGAUAUGUGAUAUGGAGUUUGGAUUUGGAUUUGGGGUUGGGGAAGGAUGGGAUGGUAACUUAGGAGGAAAGAUGGUGGUGUUUUAUGGGAAUACCCGUAGAGAU